GCUUAUUAGUCGGAUUUCAACUACACUGAUUAUCCUUUUUCACUAUACAGUAAAGAGCCUUUCAGAACUGUGUUUUCAAUUCCCAAAACUGACUUUAGCGCUCUUAUCUCAGAGGGUACAGAUCGAAUCUGGCGGAAAAUGUUGAACAGAUUUUCUCUUUGGUACUAUUUCUCUAUCUGCCCCCUCUUUGGUUACCAUGGAAAUUCAGCUGAAGGCAAUUAUCAUCCCCCAGCAAUUAGGAGAGAACAUUUCAGAUUUAGCUCCAACAUUUUCUGCUGUCAAACACUACAGCUGAACACUGACUCGUGACAAUAAACACACCUUUGCCUAAACGUUGAGGGAUAGGAAAAUCAGCCGCGUUGUGGGAGCAGGUGCACCAACACAAACAUUGGCUGUGUCUCAAAUUCAUCAAGUACCUCUGCCACACUUCGCAUCAUCAGCAUGAUUGGAUUCCCGGAGCUCAUCACAUAACUGACAGCGAUUUUAUGCAGUAGCUGUUGGCGCUCGUGCACCAGUGCUGGAGUCAGCCUACGCCCACCGAAUUUAUACCGCCCCUUCCUCUAUCCUCCGGUGCACAGGACGGAGAGCGCGAAGGAGACGCGUCCGCACAGAGCCGCUGCUGUCGCCGGGGAUAUUCCGUGUUUGUUUAUAGGAAGUCUCCGAUUCCAGUUUGAAAGACAAAAUGGAUGAAAUGGAAGAGGAGUUAAAAUGCCCGGUGUGCGGCUCAUUUUUCCGCGAGCCGAUCAUCCUGCCCUGCUCGCAUAAUAUUUGCCUGGCCUGCGCGAGAAACAUCCUGGUACAGACGCCCGACGCCGAAUCCCCGCAAAGCAGCCGCGCGUCCGGCUCCGGGGUCUCCGAUUAUGAUUACUUAGACCUGGAUAAGAUGAGUCUGUACAGCGAGGCGGACAGCGGAUACGGCUCUUACGGCGGGUUCGUGAGCGCACCGACCACCCCUUGCCAGAAGUCCCCCAACGGCGUGCGUGUUUUCCCUCCUUCAAUGCCUCCUCCACAGCAGGCGCAACACCACCUGCUGCCUCACACCGGCGUCCUGCCGCCAGUCCCACGGAACUCCUGCCUCACCUGCCCGCAGUGCCACCGCAGCCUGACGCUGGAUGACAGGGGGCUCCGGGGGUUCCCCAAGAACCGCGUUUUGGAGGGGGUGGUGGACCGGUAUCAGCAGAGCAAAGCCGCCGCGCUCAAGUGUCAACUGUGCGAAAAGAGCCCCCGCGAGGCGACUGUCAUGUGCGAGCAGUGCGACGUGUUUUAUUGCGACCCCUGCCGCCUCCGGUGCCACCCUCCCCGAGGCCCGUUGGCCAAGCACCGGCUCGUGCCGCCGGCGCAAGGCAGAAUCAGCCGCCGCGCGAGCCCGCGGAAAAUCUCCACCUGCACCGAGCACGAGCUGGAAAACCUGAGUAUGUACUGUGUCCAAUGUAAGACCCCCGUGUGCUACCAGUGUCUGGAGGACGGCAAACACUCCACCCAUGAGGUCAAAGCGCUGGGAGCCAUGUGGAAGCUCCACAAGGGACAACUCUCUCAAGCACUGAAUGUUCUGUCUGAUCGGGCCACAGAGGCUAAAGAGUUCCUGGUGCAGCUCAGAAAUAUGGUCCAACACAUACAGGAGAACGGAGUUGAAUUUGAGGCGUGUUUGGUGGCCCAGUGUGAUGCUCUGAUUGAAGCUCUGAACCGCAGGAAAGCACAGCUUCUCAGCAGAGUAACCAAAGAACAUGAACACAAACUCUCGGUGGUUCGUGAUCAGAUCUCGCACUGCACGGUGAAGUUGAGGCAGACCACAGGACUAAUGGAGUACUGUCUGGAGGUUAUCAAAGAGAACGAUCCCAGCGGCUUCCUGCAGAUCUCGGAUGCUCUGAUCAGACGGGUCCAUAUGACGGAGAAUCAGUGGGGGAAAGGCUCUCUGACCCCCCGCAUGAGCAGUGACUUUGACCUGACGCUGGACAGCGGGCCUCUGCUGCAGACCAUACACCAGCUAGACUUUGUGCAGAUGAAGGUUCCAGCUGCUCCUAUUCUUCAGUUAGAGGAGUGCUGCACUCAAACCAGCAGCGCCACUCUGUCCUGGAAACAGCCGCCCCUCUCCACCAUCGCUGUGGACGGGUAUAUUCUAGAGCUGGAUGAUGGCACUGGAGGCCAGUUCAGAGAAGUGUACGUUGGGACUGAGAUGAUCUGCACUGUGGACGGUCUGCACUUCAACAGUACUUACAAAUCUCGUGUUAAAGCAUUUAACUCCAGCGGAGUCGGCCAGUACAGCAAAACGCUUGUCAUGCAGACGUCAGAGAUGAGUCUUCCUUCAUAUGGUAGUCAAACUCUGGCAACAGUAGCCUGGUUCACCUUUGACUCCGCAUCGGCUCAUCCUGACAUCAUCUUGUCCAAUGACAACCUCACGGUGACGUGUAACAGCUACGACGACCGCGUGGUCAUGGGAAACACUGGCUUUUCUCGUGGCGUGCAUUACUGGGAGAUGACCAUCGAUCGCUAUGAUAACCACCCUGACCCAGCGUUUGGCGUCGCCCGGGCCGAUGUGAUGAAGGAUGUGAUGCUGGGCAAGGAUGAUAAAGCAUGGGCCAUAACUGAUGGAGGGAUAAGUAAAGGAGCUACGGUGGGUGUUUUGCUGGAUUUCACCCGUGGGAUUCUCUUGUUUUUGAUAAAUGAUGAGCAACAGGGACCCGUUGCCUUCAAUACACUGGAGGGCAUGUACUACCCAGCCAUCAGCCUCAACCGCAAUGUUCAGGUGACUCUUCAUUCUGGGCUGCCUAUUCCUGAUUUUUAUACACCCGGCGAGUCUGAAGCUGCAGGCUCAGUCUGCUAAAAGAUUCCUCUCGACUGAUACACAUUCAUUCCCAAACACACACACGCACGCGCGCACACACUCAGAGUGCACAUGUAUUCAGCUGUGAGGAUUUGAUGGGGGAAUUGCUGCUGACAGUCAUUAAUACGAGGUUUGAGGAGUGUGAAAUGUAAAUGGACCCGAUAAAUGUGAGAGUCAGGGUUAAGGAAACCCUAACAUAACCCCAACCCAAACCCUGAUGUAUGUGAGGUACAUUAUUAUCGAAUCAUUUUCCUCUCUCUUUCUUACUCUUUUUCUAGAUAUGAUUAUUAUUAUUGAUGUUGUCGUUGUUUUUAUGGAAAAGGUGCUCAUGGACGUGAACUCCCAGCUUACUGGAUCUUAACAGAAGUGUGUCUGUUGUUUCAUGAUAAAAUCCUCAGUGUGAAGUUAAGCUUAGAAAUAAGUUACUGAUGUGUUAGAGCUUAGAGGAUGCAUUUUACAUCACAUAGAAAUGUUCUGUUUCAUAUAAAGUUGAUUUUUAUCUGCAGAUGGGGAUGGGAGAUAUCUACAACCUACUCAUGAGUCUUAGUCCUUUGUUAAUGACCAAUCCAAUCCCUAAAUCCUAAACUUUUAACAUAUUACACCUCAGUAAAUGUGAGAUAUUUGUAUCGGUCUCUCCAAAUUCACAGUGGAUGAGCAAACAUACAAUUGGGACAAUGAACUGAAUGUGUGUCAAUGAGGAUGUAAUGGCUUUCUGUUUGUUGAACAGAAUAAAAAACACUAAUUGGGACACAAACACACACACACACACACACACAGGCAUUUUCACAGCCUUGCGUAAUGUAUUAUGGAGAGAUGACAAUGAAUAAACUUUUGUUUUUCUAUCUCUCGGUUUUAUUUCUCAUUCGCUGCCUCAAAUCUACACAAGCUAAACGCAAAUGCUAAACCAAUAACUGGUGCUGCUUAUGUUUAAUGUGAGAAAACAAAUUGCAAUAUAAAACAGUAGAACUGCAAAUAUAAAAGAGAGAACCUUAAACGAGACAGUGUAGCUGCUUGAAGCAUUUGGCUAUUAGUUUACCAUAAAGGAUGUAAUUUUUUCAUUGAAACAAAUAUUUAAAAUCCCACUGGUGGGGUUCAGAUGUGGGGCAGGUGCUGUACUUUACCUGUUUGUUUGAGCUGAUUUUGGCUUAACAAACUACUGAAUGUUUGGGUGCAGUGAAGGAUAAUUUCACCCAUUGUAAAUUGUAUUUUUUCAUAAAUUAAUCCCAAUAUAAGAGAUGUAUUAUUAUUAUUAUUAUUAUUGUGUCUGAAUUGUUGUUAUGUGUAAAGUUCUAUGCUCAAUAAACUUGAUUAGGUGCAAUA